UAAAUCUCCUGCAAUUAAGACUACGUGAGCCCUUGGGAGGUAUCAACGGGAACGAACAGAUUGCACAUAAUCGGAACAGCUCAAAUACGGAACAUCCGCGUCUGUGCAGUAACAAGGCUGCCCGGCAUAUGAAAUCCGGUCAAUGAAUAUCGGUGGGAAAGUGGAAAACUACGAGUUAUUUCGGGCUCGGACAUUUUAGGACACCAUUCGAACAAACGUUACUAGUUUCCCUCUCGCGGAGUUACUUUUCUUGUUGAAAAAGUGUUCCGGAUGCCGGUCGUCGUGUGAAAUUACAUAAACGGAAGCGCGAUGUUAAAACUCUGUUCCCGAUGGAGCACUGCGCCGCGACGGCUCUUUUCCUCUGCCUUAUACCUGACAGGAGAUAAAGCACGGGAGCAGUAUGCCGUCCUGGUGCCGUACCUGGACUUUCAGCAUAAACUUGGGGAUUGGGAACGAUUACGGCAAAAUGUGCGCCUCCGGCGCUCUUCCAUCGAUUGCGACAGUCUCAAAUUGCAAUGGGAACUUUACCGGGACGUGGAACUACGCAAGAAACAGAUCGAACAGAGUCGCGUCGAGCUACAAAAGCGAAUACAACAGUCCAUCGAUGAGGCAGAAAAGAAACACCUCAAAAGCCGGGCCAUCCUGGCACGCGAGGACCUGAAAGCACUCAAAGAACAAAGUUACGCCGUGGCCGAUGCAUUUAUAGCGAACAAUUUUCUCACCCUCCCGAACGAUUUGCACGAGAGAACACCGGAGGAAGAGGGAAAAAUACUGUACGAGAACGUGGCACCUAGCAACCGGAAACCUCGACCCGAAGAUGUGCUACAGGCCGGGGCGCGCACCAUCCAGGAGCAGUUCGAAGAGUAUGACGCACUGUGUUUCUACAUGACGGACGACGCGGCGUUCAUGGAUCUCCAGUUACCGAUACGGUGCUGUGAGACAUUCCAGCAAGACAACUUCAUACUCUUCAGCAAUCCCGACUUUGUGCGAUCGUUUCUAGUCGAAGCGGCCAUGGUCGACAAGGAUACGUUGCAUCUCAUCCGAGAGGAUGAGGAACCGGCCGAUAAAGUGAACCUGCUGCAUCUCUGCGGUGGUGGUACGUUACUGAGUUACCUUGGAUACUUCACAAAACUCUCCGUCUUUCCUUCCGCACUGCCACUGAAACUGGUAGCCCGAGGUAAACGGUACCGGCAGCGCUAUGUUCAGUCCAACACGGUACACAUGUUUGGUGCCUGUAGAAGCUACGAGGAAGCGGAAACCCUGUUCGACGAGACGCUGCUAACGUACCGUCGGUUUUACGAUCAGCUCCCCGUGGAAUAUCGCCUGGUGCAAGUAGCGGCGUGCGAUCUUCAACCGGCCGAAUCGAUGCGCGUCGAUGUGGAGCUGUAUGAUUGGCAAAAUCGGAGCUACGUGAAAAUCGGUGAUUUAAGCUUUUACGGUGACUUCCUUAGCAAACGCAUUGCGUUCAUUUACCAAGAUGGUAAGGCGCAGCGCUUUCCACACGUCGUUGCCGGCCAGACCAUGAGCUCGGUGGAAUUGAUAAAGCUUCUACUCGGAAGCGGAGUCCUUGCGAAGGAUCUACCCUUUCUCGGUUAUCAUAGUUAGAGCAGUAAAGUACGAAUAAACGCUCAAGUCUCGU